AUGAAAUGGUAUAUACAAGGGUUGGUGUUUGGAUACCUCAGUGCCCCCCAAAGAACUGGGAGGCAAGGUCGUGGUCUGGAGAUGGGAGACGGCCAUCAGGAGCACUCCACUCGACUGGGUCUCGCUCACUCGAUCGAGCUUGCGGCUCCUCUUCUCCUCUUCUUCAUCUUGAAGUGUGUGGCUCCCUUGGCCUUGGUGGAGCUGGCUGCUCGAACUGUUGUAGGGGUCCAUCUCUGGAGAAGUCCUGGUAAGGCGUUGGAUCGUACAAAUCCAGGGUUCUCAAACAGGGGCUCCUCCAGGUCAACUCGACCUCAGCUCGAUCGAGUUGAGUUUCCUCUGUUUGGACUCGAUCGAGUCCGGUGGUCGAGCUGGAGCGUCUGGCCUUGGAACUCUUCCUCCUUCUCUGCGUGUUGUCUUCUCCUUCCCUUGGCUCAAAUGAGAGGCUCUGUGAGGCUCUUGGGCAGGGAGCCUCCUUGGAGUGGUGAGGAGGAUCUACUCCUAGGGAAUGUGGGGGCCUUGGACUUCUUCUUCUUGCUUGAAGAACCAGAAACCUUCUUCUCCAAACUCUUGAUCUUGCUCACCAUCUUGUCCAUGGACUUUUGCAUCUUUCCAUGGCUUUCCCUUGCCAUUUGCUCACCCAAAUCGCACUCUCCUGCUGACUUCAGCUCGAUCCUCAGGAUCCUCAGCUCGACUCAGCUCGAUCGAGUUCAGGCUCCUCUUCUCGCAAAUCAUCCUCAUGCCCAACUAAUGUGUACAAGGGGGUCUGAAGUCAAUGUUCUCACCCCUACUACUGUGGUGAGCUCUGGGUUGGGCAGGAGAAGCUUGGAAGGGCCAGCCAAUGGAUGUGUGAACUUGAAUUGGAACCUCCCAUCAACUCCUUGUGCUCAAUGA